CUUUUUUGUUUUUUAUCACUUCGCAAAAUUUGAAUUUUCUUGCAAUUUUCCGACCUAGAAAUGCAAGUUUGGGAAUUAAAUAAGGUGUGAAAAUUCAAUUCAACGUUGAAAUUAUACUCGUCUUAGUUACUUUUGCUGGAUUUUUCAUCCACUGAACAGUCUUUAUUCAGAGAUGCAAUAAUUUCCUUCAUCACCGGAUUGAAUUUUUCGAUAUCAGUACCAAAGAAGCAGUCAUCUCUCAACUUCAUUUUCUUCAAUCACGAUUAAAAUAUCUUCACGAUGUCUAAUAAAAGGAAACCAGAAGACCAAUCGUUCAUAGAAGAAAGCGAUUUAUUAACUAUCAGACCUUUGGGAGCCGGUCAAGAAGUGGGUCGAUCAUGCAUUAUGUUGGAAUUCAAAGGAAAAAAGAUCAUGCUGGACUGUGGAAUUCAUCCUGGUCUUACCGGCAUGGAUGCUUUACCUUUCGUCGAUUUGAUCGAAGCCCAUGAAAUAGAUUUACUCUUAAUUUCUCAUUUUCACUUGGAUCAUUGCGGUGCAUUACCUUGGUUCUUGAUGAAAACCAAUUUCAGAGGACGUUGUUUCAUGACUCAUGCCACUAAAGCCAUUUACAGAUGGUUGCUUUCAGAUUGUAUCAAAGUCAGUAAUAUAUCUACCGAACACAUGCUCUAUACCGAAGCAGACUUGCAGAAAAGUAUGGAUAGAAUUGAAACCAUAAACUUCCACGAAGAGCGGGAUGUUGGCGGCGUAAGAUUUUGGGCGUAUAACGCUGGCCAUGUAUUAGGAGCUGCGAUGUUUAUGAUUGAAAUAACCGGAGUCAAAAUCCUGUACACUGGAGAUUUUUCGAGACAGGAAGAUAGGCAUUUAAUGGCUGCAGAAAUACCAAGCGUUCAUCCUGAUAUUCUAAUCACGGAAGCAACUUAUGGAACCCAUAUACACGAAAAACGAGAAGAACGAGAAGCUCGUUUCACCUCUAUCGUACAUGAUAUCGUCACUCGAGGAGGUAGAUGCCUUAUUCCAGCUUUUGCAUUGGGUAGAGCUCAAGAAUUACUGCUCAUGUUGGAUGAAUACUGGGCAUCUCAUCCCGAACUCCACGAUAUACCUAUUUAUUAUGCGUCAUCUUUGGCUAAAAAAUGUAUGGCUGUGUAUCAAACGUAUAUUAAUGCGAUGAAUGAUCGUAUAAAAAGACAGAUAGCUGUUAAUAAUCCUUUUGUAUUUAAAUACGUUUCUAAUCUGAAGGGUAUUGAUCAUUUCGAAGAUAUAGGACCCUGUGUUGUUAUGGCAUCGCCUGGUAUGUUACAAAAUGGGUUGUCCAGAGAACUGUUUGAAGCGUGGUGUACCGAUCCGAAAAAUGGUGUCAUAAUUGCUGGUUAUUGCGUCGAAGGAACUCCUGCCAAACAAAUUCUCUCAGAUCCUGAAGAAAUAACUACGAUGACUGGACAGAAAUUACCGCUGAAGAUGUCCGUUGAUUAUAUUUCAUUUUCGGCUCAUACAGAUUAUCAACAAACUAGCGAAUUUAUUCGAAUUUUGAGGCCUCCUCAAGUGAUUUUAGUUCACGGUGAACAAAAUGAAAUGCAGCGUUUGAAAUCUGCUUUGGAGAGAGAAUAUGAAAACGAUCCAGAUACCUUGAUUACUGUGCAUAAUCCGAAAAACACGCAAUCUGUUGAUUUGUACUUCACCGGAGAAAAAACCGUUAAAGUAAUUGGAUCGUUAGCUGUAGAGAAACCUGCAGGAGGACAAAAUCUGAGUGGUAUUUUGGUAAAAAGGAAUUUCAGUUAUCAUAUGGUUGCACCUAGUGAUCUAUCGAAAUAUACCGAUAUGACAAUGAGUCAAGUCACUCAGCAACAAUCCGUUAGCUUCUCUGGAUCACUGGCUGUGCUUAAAUUCUUAUUGUCACAUUUAGCCGGAUGCUUGGAACAAUUAGAUGACAAAAGAUUGCGUGUGUACAAAGCAAUAGAUAUAUCGAUAGAAAAUCGUAUGGCUGUGCUUGAGUGGGUGGCUACCCCAGUAAAUGAUAUGUAUGCUGAUGCAGUCUUAUCUGCAAUCUUGCAAGCUGAAGCAAUCGGAGGGACUGUUUCUAAAACUAUUCCUCUUCCUGCAAUGAAAAUGGACAGAAGCCAUUUCAAAGAAUGUUUAAUUGAAUUAUUACAAGAUAUGUGUGGCGAUGAAGCAGUUCCUAAAAUUUUCAAGGGCGAUAAAUUAACAAUUACGUUGAACAAUCAAAAAGUUAAUAUUGAUUUAUUGAAUUUGGACGUGACUUGUGAAGAUGAAAGUAUUCAACAAAUAAUCCAAACUGCUGUUACUCAAUUACAUAAUUCAUUAGCUCCUGUGGUUAUCGACCUUCAUUCUUAAUAUUUUCAUUUUGGUGAUAACCAAUUUUAUAUGUUUGUAAAUUUUUCAAUUAAAAUAUGUGUAAUUAUAUAAAAAACGUUUUUCGUGAUAUUUAUUCUGCUUUGAAAAGAAUGAAAUGUGGAUAAUUGUAAUUUUCCUCGUCGUAUUAAAAAUCAUUUUACUCGAAA